AUGGUGUCUUCCCGCAAGCGGGGCCGGCAGGAGAUGGAAGCCGUCGAGCCGUCUAAGCCGGCGGAGAGGAGUCUGCUGGACCGCGUUAGGAAUAUGUGGGAGUUUGCCAACGUCGUGCAGUAUAUCUAUAUCUUUGGGCGGGCUCUCAAGAUAGACGAGAAUCUGGACAUUGAGGACCUGGAGAUGGAAUGUAUAAAACCCUACUCAACUGUGCUGCCCGAGAUUGGCCUUGCUCUUCUCAAGUUUGUCUCGUCGCAUCGAGGGCUUACUCCUGAAUUAUUCGACGAAUAUACGCGAAGGCAAUAUGUAGCCAAAGCCCCUCAUCGUAAUCUAUACGGGACCGAAGAAGUGCCCGCGAAAUUCGACGAUUUCGAUAUAUUCACAAAGAUUCGAGUGCUACAACAACUUACGCAAUGGACAAUGGUAAACCCUGACCGCAUCCGCGAAAGAAUGGAGGAGCACAAGGAUAGUGAACAGACCAUCUGGCGCAUAGAACCCUUCGGAUGGGAUUCGGAGGACCGGAGCUACUUUGCUCUUGAUGAUAACAGACUCUACCGCCGGACCGACCCUCCUCCCCCGAAGCCUCCUACGGCAAAGCCCAAAAAGAACUCGAAGAAGGCAAAAGCUGCAGUGCGGGCGAGCAAACGUCGCAGGGUCUCGGAAGCCGUGGAGAGUGAAGCCGAAGUCGCCGAUGAAAGCGCCAUUGGCGAUCGUGCGAAUGACGAGAAGGAGGACGAUGGCUUUGGUGGGAUGAUCUGGGAGUGUGUUGCUAUCACUUUGGAUGAGCUCAGCGCAUUUAUUGCGACCCUGGAGAAAACCCGUGAUCCAAAUGAGAAGACUCUGCGGACGAGACUAGUUGAAGAGCUCUUACCUCUGUUAGAGAAGCAGGAAGAAUCACGUAAACGCAAGGCUGCUCAGAAGGAGCGCGAAUUACUCAACCUUGAGAAGCUAGCGACAGCCAAGAGAUCAAGCAGGAUUGCAAGCAAGAUGGAACAUCAGAAACAAGAAGAAGGAGCCCGGGAAGCAGAGCGCAAGAGGCAAGCGGAGCUAGCCUUGGCCAAGAAGGAGCAAGAGAAGUGGUUGAAACUUGAGAAAGAGCGCGAAUCGCGUAUGCAAACCCGCGAACAACGACUGAAGGAGCGCGAAGCCCGUCGAAUCCUACACGAAGAGGAGCUUGCGAAUCUCUCUGAAGAUAGCAAGAAGCUUGAAGUGGGAGCAGGCCGCCUAUCUGAACGUCAUCUCAAGGCCGAAAUAGAGAAGAAAAAACAAGCACUCGAGGAGCUCGCGGAGGAAGAGGAUUGGAUCUUCGAUUGCAUUUGUGGCGCUUAUGGCCAAAUUGAUGAUGGCACUCACAGCAUUGCAUGCGAUAAAUGCAACAUCUGGCAGCACAGCAAGUGUGUGGGAGUCAGCCAGGCAGAAGCUGAUCGAGACGACUUUCAUUUCAUCUGUAAAACCUGCCAGCGCCGUGCAAUAGAUGCCGAACGCGCCAAAACUCACCCUCCGAUCAAGAUCAAACUGAACCGCCCCGGAUCAUCCUCGUCACCGCUACCUCCUAGAGAUAAUAGCAUACCAGUCGUUACCACUGCUCCUUUGGCCAAUGGAGGCACCCACUCUAUGCAACAAAGCACCCCAAGGAUGGCCACAUGGCAACCAACCCCAACCGUCCCACCCCAAUAUGCCCAUCAGACUGCCCUCAAAAACACUGCGGCUCAGUCUGAGCUUUCUCAAACCAAUGGGCACCAAGCAUUAUCUCAAGGCUCUGAUCGGGGAAAUUCUAGCGUUCCCUUGCCAGCUUCUGUUGCCCGACUUAGUCAAGGAGCCUCUACUGCGGAAUAUUCUGGACCUUCUCCCCUCCAGGCACCUGGCCAGGGCAAGGCUUCCCCAUCAUAUGAAAGUACGCGGCCGCCUAGUGCGCAUGCAUUUGCUUCACCACACCCCAACAGUCCAACCAAUCUGCCACCGCCAGGACAGCCACAAGUUUACACCUUUGUUAACGGCAAUGGCACUAAUUAUAACACUGGCACACCAGGCCAACCCGUUGCCACGCCUUCAAAAAUGCAAGGAACUCCGACACCAGCGGGUAAUCCUCACGGGGUCCUGCAAAACUAUACUGCAAACGGACCGCGGCCUGUAUCCAGUGAUGGUGCUGUCGCUCGCUCAUCCCCUUUUUCCGGAGCUCCAAUGCUAACUCCAAUCAACCACACCAAUAACCUCUCAAACCCUCCUAGCAGUCCAAUCCAGCAUGCUACCCCAAACCUGCAUGUUUGGCGGCCUAGUGUAUCCUCAUCUCCGCAUUUUACGCCAUCCUCAGUCCAAGGAGACGCAACUCAGGGGGGCAGCCACACCUCUCCACUGCCUCCUGCUAUCACAGGAAUGUCACCGACCAAGCACUCCCCACCUAGGCCAACUACAUCCAAUGGGACCCUAGGCUCUGCAACACCUUCCGUAUUACCACCCGUUGCCUCUUUGUCCCCUAGCUUCCAAUCACAGAAUCUCACUCCACCUGUGAAGUCGUCAGAACCUGGCCGAAAUAGGCCCAAUGGCCAAGCUGCCUCCCCCUAA